CAAGCGGCACGUCCUUUAACUAUCUCCUAUCUCGACUCAGUCAGCACUUCUCUCAACGCAAGCUACUGCUCUGAACGCAGGCUGAACUCUUUCUCCACUGCCAUACACGAGCCUGCAACAAUAUUAUCAGCAUGACGACCGUCAACAUCGACCCGGAUGGCGAUUUGAUUAUCAAGAUCGGCUGGAAGAAGCUGCGAGUCUCUUCUCAUGUUCUUUGUCUCGCCUCACCCGUCUUCAAAGUCAUGCUGCGCUCAAACUUCAUUGAAGGCGUAACCGCCGAAAAUAGUGCUAGCAACCCGAAACGCAUCACUCUCCCAGACGACGACCAGGCCGCUUUCAAGACACUCUGUCACGUACUUCAUUUUCAACUUGAUUCAGUUCCGCAGAGACUCGAUAUCGACUCCUUGCAAGAGCUAGCCACAUUGUGCGACAAGUAUCAAGUCAUUACUCCCAUGCUCAACUGCGCCACUCUUUGGGUCUGCGAGCUCGCUUCGGACAGCGAUAUUGAAACAAUGGUUCGACUCCUUAUUAUCGCCAUCGACUUCGACCUUCCGGACGCCUUUAACAAGGUCUCGCGCAGCCUGCUACGAACCCAUUGUGGUGAUGUUGAAUCUUUGCAGGAUUACCUGGCCCAAUACGCGCCCACCGAUGCCACUGUUCUCGAUGCCUUCAAAGAUGCUUGCAAGCGACUUGUCUCAGAAAUCCGAGGUGUCAUUUUCAACCAAAUCUCAGAUCUAGCCCGUGGAUCAUGUAAGAUUUGCCAGCGGCAAGCUGGUUUCGUCUUGCGAUUCGUUCAAGAGAGGCCCGUCCUCCCUGGCGGUUAUCUGUCGCCUUGGGACUUCAAUCUUGCUGUGGAUGAGUUAGAGGGAAUGGACCGGUUGGAGCUUUGUCAUGACCUAGACUGUGAUUGUAAAGCGGAAGGAGAAGCCAUGGGAUUUGUGCAUCGUUUGAAGAUGCAGAUGAAGAGAACUUUGAAGACUCACGGUCUCUGCCUCGAUUGUGUCAAAAGACCCAAGACAACGCAGACGAAGGAUUCUGAACGCACUUGCCGAGUUCGAAACUGCCUCCAUUUCACGACAUUAAGCCUGUGGAAAUGAAGACCCCAGAUUCCACUUUCUCUUCUAAGAAACGUGGAUGAGCAAUACCCGUAUGGACUUGAAGGUCAGAG